AUGAGCGGCUUGGGAUUCAGUUGGAUCUACCGGCUUAACCGCGACGAGCUGAUACGGUAUCUCGAGGAGAACCAGCUGCCUGCCGCAGCGAGCGACACUGUCGCUGACAUGCAGGCCCGGAUCGUUCAAUUUAUACGCGAGGUCAGUGAUGUCUCGUCUGGUGUUCCGACGGCGCAGCCCACACUGGAAGCAAAGGCUAUGCUGAUGGGCCAAUGGGUGGCAGGCCUGCAGGAGCAGAACAAGUUCCUCGCAAACGCCUUGGAGGAGUUGGAAGAGGAGGCCGUGAUGCAGGCUCGCAUGGUUGCAUCACUUCAAGCCCUGGUGAAGCGCCUGGAAUCGGACGUGGACUCCCUCCUACAGCUUAUCCACCGAGCGAUGUACCUGGGCUGCUGGGACACUGAAGGCCUCUUGUUCUGCGAGGUCUCCUGCCAGGAUAUAUUCAACCCUUCCCUGCCACCGGGACCAGCGUCCUGGCUGGAUGGUCCCUGCAAGCCUCGCAAGGAAGAGGUGUAUAUGCGUCAGUCAAAACGUCAGUUGCAGACAGCGCUGCAGCAGGAACUGGACUGCACCAGGCAACAGGCCAAGGAGAAAGAACAGCUUGUUCAAGCAUUGGAGCAACGGUUACUCCUGUCAGAGCAGCAUUGCAGGGAAACUGAAGCGGUGCUGGCGGCAGAGGUGGCAGACAAGCAGGAGCAGGUGGUGCAGCUGAUGGAGUGGGUACGACAGCUGCAGGAAGAGUAUCAGCAGGCUGACAAUCAGUUGUCUCUGCAGAAUAAUAUCAUCGGAACGCUGAUCUACAAGGCGGAGUUUUACAAGUCCAAGGAAUGA